AUGAUAACUUACCUGGUGUGGAACCAGCUUUCCGGGAUCGUGCUGUCGGCAAUUACGUAUGUCACGCUGAUCAACCAUUCUUUCACCCUGCCCUUCUCCAGCAUUGCUGUAGUGUCGCUACUACAGAACGCCUCUAGGACGUGCCAUCUCCAGGGAGCGCCUUUUAGCCUUCCUCUUCUUAAUCAUCUCGUUGGCGGGAAAACCCAGCCUUCCGCAAGGACACUACUGCACACAAUUGUGCUUCUUAUUAUCUGGUUACUUUUCAUCCCGUCAAAACAGCUGAGUGGGUGGGCAUUUGCGGCCACAGGACUCAAGGCGCUCGAGCUGGCCUCGUGCGAGCUGUUCACGUACCUCGACUCGUCUGUGCUGCUCGAGCUGCUGCUGUUCAAGCAAUUAAUGGCAGUGUUCUCCACGAUUAGAUCCAUCACCGAUCUCCCGGCGGUUUUAUCCGAGAUAUAUGCGAGCCCGGAGCUGGAAACAAAGGUGGCACUCUACAUUGCAAAGAACUACGCUGUCUCGCUCGUGUACAACUACCUACUCAUCAACUACACACCUGCCACCAACUCCAUCAUCGUCGCCUACAUCCAAACAUUGGGAAUAAUUUUGUCAACGAGGAUUUUUCCAACCUGGGGCUAUUUGCCAGGGACGUUCGUAUUUUGA